AUGCCUCCCCCCCUGGCCCCCUGGUGUCCUCCGACCCCUCCCCACCUUCCGACAUCUCAAUGCCGUGUCUGUGUGUGUGUGCUCCCUCAGCACGACGGCACCACUGCGCUGGUGAGCGUCCAGGUGGGCCCCAAGCUCUACACCGCCAACGCGGGGGACUGCCGGGCGGUGCUGUGUCGCGGCGGCCGGGCGGUGAGACUGUCCCGCGACCACAAGCCGGAGCUGCCAGAGGAGCGCACCCGCAUCGAGGCGGCGGGGGGGCGGGUGGCCAACGUGCGGGGGACGUGGCGGGUGGUGCUGCCGCUGGCGGAUGGUUGCACAGCCAAGGUCUGCUCCGUGGGUUUUGGCGACCGGGACUUCAAGGCCGCCUCGCUCAUCUCUUCCCAGCCUGAUGUGGCAGCGCUGGUGCUGGCGCCACAGCUGGACACGUUCGCCAUUCACGCCAGCGACGGGCUGUGGGGCGUGGUGGGAGAUCAGGAGGCGGUGGACCUGGCGACGGAGGUGAUUGACAAGGUGAGAGGGUGGUUGGGCCGUGGGGGAGGGCGAAGGGUGUGGGAAAAAGGGCAAUGGGCAAAUCCUAGAUUCUUUUGGCGUACGUAA